UUUACAAGCCACAGCCAGCCGAGGAUGUGGAGUUUAGUGCCUGGAAAAUAGACGCACACAGCCUGCAACUAGCAAAGACCACGACUGGAAAAAAAAUUGGUGGAGUUGUGGAUAAAUCAGGACUGUCACAGCCGCGCAUGGAGCACACCAGCGAUUAAUAACAGCGCGUUAAUAACUUGUUAUGCAAUUUAACGCUUUCGGUGCUCUCGCCUGGUCAUUCAGACACUGCUCCUUUAGCUCGGCUGGCAUAUGGUAGUUUUAAAAAGAAAACAUGACGACACUGGUUAAAGUUAAAAGUGGAUCCUUAUUCCUGUCGGACACUAACUCUCCAGGAUUCUGUGUUUCUUCAGUGGAAUCGAGGAGGUGGACAGUUAGUCCCUGGUAGAUUUUUCUGAAGGAGUGUUCACACAAGGUCAGCGCGGAUGGGACUUAAAAGACUUCAAAAAGGGCCUGGUUGGGAGAGGGAGUGAGUAUGGACAACCUUUCUGACUUCGGUGGCCCGUGUCCGUCCACCCGUAGGGAAUGGGAUACCAACAGCUGCGUGGAAGAUUUAAUGGAUGAAGAUGAAAAGGAUAGAGCAAAAAGGGCAUCCCGUAACAAAUCGGAAAAGAAAAGAAGAGACCAAUUCAAUGUGCUCAUCAAGGAGCUAUGCACAAUGCUGCAGGGCCAAGGCCAUCCACGCAAGAUGGAUAAGUCCACCAUUCUGCAGAGGACUAUUGACUUCCUGCAGAAACAGAAAGACAUCACUGCGCAGAAUGAAAUUUGUGAUGUGAGGCAGGACUGGAAGCCCUCAUUCCUUAGUAAUGAGGAGUUCACACAGUUAAUGCUGGAGGCCCUGGAUGGUUUCCUGGUUGCAUUAACUACAGAUGGCAACAUUAUAUACGUAUCUGACAGCGUGUCUUCACUUAUUGGCCAUUUACCGUCAGAUAUGGUGGACCAAAAUAUCUUGAAUUUCCUCCCAGAGCGGGAACAUGGAGAAGUGUAUAAGCUGCUAUCAUCCCACAUGCUGAUGACUGACCCCGUUGCCACUGACUUCCUUGACAGUGAGGCACAUAUUGAAUUUUGCUGUCAUCUAGCCAGAGGUAACAUGGACCCUAAGGAGCCACCUGUAUAUGAAUAUGUCAAGUUUGUUGGAGAUUUUAAAUUUCAUAACAAUGUGCCUACAUCUUCUUGUAACGGGCUUGAAUUGACGUUACCAAGAAAUCUGCAGUCAUCGUUGGAGGAGCAGGUCUGCCUCAUUGCCACUGUACGAUUAGUCACUCCACAGUUUCUAAAGGAUUUGUGUAACGUGGAAGAUCCCUGUGAUGAAUUCACUUCCAGACACAGCCUUGAAUGGAAGUUCCUGUUUUUAGAUCACAGGGCUUCACCCAUCAUAGGAUAUUUACCGUUUGAGGUUCUUGGAACCUCUGGGUAUGACUACUAUCAUGUGGAUGACUUGGAGCUCAUCGCUCAGUGUCACAAGCAAUUAAUGCAGUUUGGAAAAGGUAAAUCCUGCUACUAUCGAUUCCUGACCAAAGGACAGCAGUGGAUUUGGCUGCAGACUCACUACUACAUUACUUACCAUCAAUGGAACUCCAAACCUGAGUUUAUUGUCUGUACUCAUACUGUUGUUAGUUACGCUGAAGUACGAGCUGAACGGAGGAGAACUUUUGGACUUGAAGAGCUUUCUCCACCAGAGAUAGCGCCAUCCUCUGUGAAGGCUCAGGAGUUGUACUUGGACAUCUGCUCCACUCUGGAUGCUCCACGGGACAGAAACAGCAGUGCACGUUCUGUGUCCUCCCACAGUUCCCGGAAGUCCUCCCACACGGCGCUCUCGGACUCUGCUUCAGUGAACUCCUACACAGAGGCCUGCACACCAUCAUGGCAGUCUGCUUCCAUUGGGCAGGAGAAGACACCUGCCAGACUCCAUCCCAGUGGUUCAAAGAAUUUGGCACAAAAACAAAAUUCCUUUGACCUUGUUCCCCAAAUGAGCCUCCCCCUUUCUCCCACCUGCAGCAAGCACUCCACAAUGCAACAAGCCUCACAACAGCCACAGUCCUCCAUGUAUCAGCUGCAGCAGCCACAGCUCAGUGUGAUGAACCAGCUGAAGGAACAGCUGGAGGAGAGGACGCGCAUUCUGCAGGCCGACAUUAAGACGCAGCAGCGGGAGCUGCAUGACAUUAAGGAGAAGCUUCACCUUGCUAAUCUGCAGAUGUUGUUACAGCAGCCGAUCCACAAUGACUUUAAUCAAGCCCAGCAGCAGCCGCAGCAGCAGGGCCCGGGAAGGCCAGCCCAGCAGAACCAGUCAGGUGUCAUCAGGCAGCUUACAGGGCACCCUAAACCAGCUGCGUGCGGGGGACACAGUUCAUCCCCCCACACCACCCUGAGAGAGAACAGCUCACCAUCAAUGCAGGUCCAGCAGAGGAUUGCACGAAGUGGGCAGGCACAGACGGUGAGUUUGCCCGUCCAGACAAACACGAGUCUGACGAUGCCUUUCUACAGCAAUCCUAUGAUGUUCUCUCAGACUAACACGAGGCCUCAGCAGGAUGCAAACCAAAGACACUCAGACAACCAGUUCAGCCAUGAUGGACAGUUACGAAUGCUCCUCAACCAACCCACGCAGACGUUGGUUCCUACUAGCAGCGUCACCUCGCAGCCUUCCCAGUGCAACAUGGGCAUCUCCCAAACCCUAUACAGCUUGGAGCAGCCAAUCAUUGCCCCAUCCUUCUCCAUGCAGCAGGUCAACUGUAACGCAGUCCUUGUCCCUUCUCCGGUCUUCACAUCCCCUAUAAUGAUCCCACACAACACCUUCAUCACACACCAGUCCCAGUCAGCCUAUCACAGUCAGCCUCAGGCCUCUCAGCACUCCCUGCAGCUUCAGCAGCCCCAGCAGUUUUUCCAGAUGAGUCAAGGACUUGUACACAGUGGGUCUGCUCCAGCUUUCUUACACACCACCAAUGUCCCACAACAAAACACAGUGGGAUACAUUCAGCAGCAGCAGCAGUCUCAAGCACAGCAGCAGCUGCCGCUAACGCAGCAGCAACAGUCGCAACAGCAGCAAAGGCAGUACCAACAUUCCCAAAGCCAGACUGGCAGUGUUUCAGACUUCCGGAAUAUGCUGACUCGGUAGCACUGAAGACUUUGUCAGAGCACUGAGAUCCGUCUCUGUGACGCAGCCCGGCUGGUGGCAGCACGCUGCAGCUUUCACAAGUCAAACGUUACGGGAAGCUCUGCAGCGAAAAUGCCUGAAAGCGAGAAACUGCUUUCAGUGAACUGAUUUUAGAUGUGAAGCCACCUCUUCUCUGGAAGCCGGCCUGCACGUCACCAGAGCGAACCCACAAGUUGAGGUGGCCCUGAUCCAACGAUUCUGUGCAGGAUCUGAGGAGUCUGAGGAGCUGGGCCUUCAUCACGAAGACACAUCGCUUCUCAGCGAGACAGCUGGAACAAGUGGAUUAUCAAAGUUCUUAAGAUGAUGUUUUUACAUGAUGACACUUGGAAGUUUUCAUCUUAAGGAGUUCUCUUUUUAAGUGUCUGUUUGCACUUUGUUACCACCCUCUACCCAAAAGUAGAAUAUUUAUUUUUCUCUCUUUUCUAUUCUGUCCAUGACUUAUUAGUGAGAUUACUUAACAAAUCUAAACCCAGACAUCCUGCUCCAGCGGUACAACAUCAUCCUUCACCUUUGCAUGACUUAUUUCUCCAAUGAAAAAAGAUAAUCUCGUGAAGGGAUUUGUGUAUGUGUCAGAUGUUCAUCCCAUUAUUCUCCUAAAACACUGAUUUAGGUAUCUUUGUGGCAAGUCACAACAGAGGGGCUUUACAGUGCAGUGGUGAGAUGACCAUAUCAAAAAAACAGAUUUGGGGAGCUUUUGCAUGCAAGACACUACAGUUAAAAGCUUGGAGGAAGAAUUGCUCUAAGGAUUAGGAAGAUCUAUCUAGAUUUUUAAAGCCUCAGUCUAGGUCUGUAGAGGGGGUGCUGUAGCUACCCCACUACUUCUCACAAAAAAUGACAACAGAACUAUGAAAGUUGGAAUAUUAGGUGCUCCUGAUGAGCUGUGCAACAUUUGUCCUCAUGUGAUAAACAGCCACCAGAAGAGGGAAAGGAAACUGUGCCUUUAACCAUGACGCAUUCAUGGUGCGGUUUGAUGGUUUUGUCUGAUUACGGCUUUAAAAAUCCAGCUCAGGUGCAUUUGGAAUAUAAAAGGUAUAUUUUCAUAAAAUCAUAAUUACUUAUUUUCAGCAUCAGAUUUAAUUAGAAG